AUGUUCCACUGCAUCCCCCUGUGGCGGUGCAACCGUCAUGUGGAGAGCAUCGACAAGCGCCACUGCUCGCUGCUCUACGUCCCCGAGGAGAUCUACCGCUACGCCCGCAGCCUGGAGGAGCUGCUCCUGGACGCCAACCAGCUCCGCGAGCUGCCGGAGCAAUUUUUCCAACUCGUCAGAUUACGAAAGCUUGGACUUAGUGAUAAUGAAAUUCAACGGCUCCCUCCAGAAAUAGCAAACUUUAUGCAGCUAGUGGAACUUGAUGUGUCUCGAAAUGAUAUUCCUGAAAUUCCAGAAAGCAUCUCAUUCUGUAAAGCACUUCAGAUAGCUGACUUCAGCGGAAACCCACUGAAUAGAUUGCCAGCGAGCUUUCCUGAAUUACAGAAUUUAACGUGUCUGUCUGUAAACGACAUCUCCUUGCAGUCUCUGCCGGAAAACAUUGGCAAUCUUUACAACCUGGCGUCCCUGGAACUCAGAGAGAAUCUUCUUACUUAUCUACCUGAUUCUCUUACCCAGCUACGGAGACUAGAAGAGCUCGAUUUAGGAAACAAUGAGAUAUAUAUUUUGCCAGAAUCGAUCGGGGCUCUGGUGCACCUAAAGGAUCUCUGGUUGGAUGGAAAUCAGCUGUCAGAAUUACCUCAGGAAAUAGGAAACCUGAAGAGCCUGCUGUGCUUGGAUGUCUCAGAAAACAGGUUGGAAAGACUUCCUGAAGAGAUCAGCGGCCUGACUUCAUUAACAGAUUUAGUCAUCUCCCAGAACUUAUUAGAAGCAGUUCCUGAUGGCAUUGGGAAACUGAAGAAGCUGUCCAUCUUGAAGGUGGAUCAGAACAGACUCACCCAGUUGCCUGAGGCGGUCGGGGACUGCGAGAGCCUCACGGAGUUGGUUCUGACGGAAAAUCGGCUCCUGGCCUUACCUAAGAGCAUCGGAAAACUUAAGAAGCUGAGCAACUUGAAUGCAGAUCGAAAUAAAUUGCUGUCUUUACCAAAAGAGAUUGGCGGGUGCUGCAGCCUCACUGUGUUCUGCGUGCGUGACAAUAGGUUAACUCGGAUUCCUGCGGAGGUGUCACAGGCGACAGAACUUCAUGUCCUGGAUGUAGCAGGGAACAGGUUGUUGCACCUGCCUUUAUCUCUGACCACCUUGAAACUGAAAGCACUCUGGCUGUCUGACAACCAGUCCCAGCCUCUGCUCACGUUCCAAACAGACACAGACCACACCACCGGGGAGAAGAUUUUAACCUGCGUCUUACUUCCUCAGCUGCCUUCCGAACCAACUUGCCAAGAGAACCUGCCUCGCUGUGGGGGGCUGGAGAACUUGGUGAAUGACGUCUCCGACGAAGCCUGGAACGAGAGUGCGGUAAACAGAGUCAGCGCAAUCCGGUUCUUGGAGGAUGAAAUGGAUGAAGACGACAAUGAAACGGUAUCAAAAAUGCCUCCAUGA